GCCUACAGCAGUAGAGAAGGCCCAGCCAAGGCCGACGCACAGAUGCCGUUUCUCUUCUUAGCCGUGUCUACGCUGGGGUUUUGCUCAGCAGAGCCGUGUUGCUGUCGUUUUUCGUACGCUUGACCGACACGGCCACGCUUGAAGUGUCGAUCAAGUCGGCAAAAUAUGUGGGAAGAGCAUCGAGGAUUCAAAAGAAUGCGGCAAAACUUAUCAGCCCUCUAGCUGAGCGAGCAGAAGCCGUCAGGUGACAGGAUCACCGUGGAUCAGAAACACAGGAUGGCUGGGUUUUUUUGGGAUUUCCACCGCACCAGCUUUUUCGAGAAGCCGACCGCAAAUUUCAGCCGGGACCAGAAGACUAGAGCUCUCCCCGGUAGGAUCGGGCUGUUUCGAGGCGCCCCAUGGCGGCCGGCAGUGAUGCCCCCGCAGCCCCGCCGCCCGCCCGGCUCGCUCGCCUCAAACGCUCCCACCGUUCGGCGUUCCGCCCCCCCGUUGUGCUGCGGAUCAAGGCCCAGGCGCAGCUGCUGCACCGCCGGCCCCCGGAACCGGGCGGCGCCGCCCCAGCCCCCGGCCCGCCCUCCCCGGCCCCGCCGGCCCCCGCCGGCGACCCCUACGGGGAAACGGUGGAACUGGCGCUGCGGGAGGCAGAGGCGGCUCCGGAGCCGACCCCCGGGGCCGGGCCUGGGUGCGAGGAGCUGACCUUGGACCACCUGCUGGAGAUCGUGGCCCAGCUGGAGUACCACACCCACCCCGAGGACGGGGUGGACAUCUGCCCCCACUUCCUCCUUGGCUGCUGCUUCUCCGGGGCCCGCUGCCCCCAGCACCACACCCUGCUGCCCUACCACUGGCAGCUCUGGCAGAGCGCCAGCCUCCCGCCCGGCUGGCUGAGCGUCGGGCCCGAGGCCCACGAGACGCUGGAGCGGCUCUACAGCGACCCCGAGCGCACCCACGUGCGGGCCUCCUACCAGGGCGUCACCUUUGACAUCGACCUGGUGGCCAUGCAGGUGUGGAACAGCCCCAGCUUCACCCGGGUCCGGCGCCUCGAAACCUCGCCCGCCCCCGGCACCCCCUUCCGCACCACGCGGCUCUUCUACUGGAAGGCGCUCGGUGGCUGGGAGCCCUACAGCGAGCCCUUCACCCAGAGCAUCGAGGCGGCGCUGCGGAGCGGCCAGGAGGAGGCGCUCUGCAGCACGGCCGAGCACAGCUACCGUCUUGACCUGCGGGCCGGCUACCAGCGCAACCUGGCCACGGGCACCCUGCGCCCCCUGCGGGCCCGGCCUGCCUUCCGCGCCCCCGCCCUGCUGCUGCCGGAGCUACGGACGCUCUGUGGCAGCCUCUACCUGGGCCCCCCGCCGGCCCCGGGGCCCCCCCCGGCCCCGCCCUACCCCGAGACCUGGGCACCGCUGGCCCCCGGGCAGGACUGGCACCAGGCGCCAGUGGCGGUGGAGGAGCACGGCUUCCGGCUCAUCUACGGGCUCUUCCACAAGAGCCUGCCCGAGGCGCGGUACCGCCUGGAGCGGGUGUGGCGGGUGCAGAACCCCUUCCUGUGGGACAAGUACAAGCGGAAGCAGAGCCACAUGAGCCGGCAGAUGUCCCCAGAGCAGCGGCUGCGGAACGAGCGUCACCUCUUCCACGGGACGUCGGCGGGCGCGGUGCCAGCCAUCUGCAAACACAACCUGGACCCCCGGCUGUCGGGGAAACACGCCGCCCUCUACGGGCAGGGCAGCUACUUCGCCCGCCGCGCCAGCUACUCCCACCGCUACGCGCCCCCCGCCGAGGCCGGCCUGCGCCACGUCUUCCUCUGCAAGGUGCUGGUGGGGCGCUCGGCCCUGGGGCAGCCGGCCCUGCGCCGGCCCCCGCCCCUGGACGCCGGCGACCCGGCCAGCGACCUGUACGACUCCUGCGUGGACAGCCUGAGCGACCCCCAGAUCUACGUGGUCUUCGACAGCGACCAGUGCUACCCCUACUUCCUGCUCCAGUACCGCCAGCUGGAGGAGGUGGUGAAGGUGGACUGAGCCGGGGGAGGAACCCCCCUGGAUUCGCCUGGCUGCGGCGUGAGGGGGAAAGAACCCAGGCGUCCUGCAGCCCCCCUGGAUUCGCCUGGCUGCAGAGUGAGGGGGAAAGAACCCAGGAGUCCUGCUGCUGCCCCCCCUUCUUUCCCGGCUGCGGCGUGAGGGGGAAAGAACCCAGGCGUCCUGCAGCCCCCCCUGGAUUCGCCUGGCUGCAGAGUGAGGGGGAAAGAACCCAGGAGUCCUGCAGACCCCCCCCCCCCCCCGGAUUCGCCUGGCUGCGGAAUGAGGGGGAAAGAACCCAGCCGUCCUGCAGCCCCCCCCCCCCCCAGACUUUCUCGCUCUGUGCUCAAGGGGGACGGGGCUGCGCCCCCCCAGGAGGUGAGGGUGGACACAGGGACUUCCCAUGGAAGGGGCUGGCGCGGGUGUGAUUGAUCUGGGUUGGGUCCAGCAGGAAGUGAUGUCACUAGGCACAACCUGGCCACUCAGGGUCCAGCAGGAAGUGAUGUCAUUCUACAGCAGGCAGUGAUGUCACUGGACCUGACCCAGCCACGCGGGGCCAAGCAGGAAGUGAUGUCAUGCUACGGGCUCCAGCAGGAAGUGACAUCCACCAAUGGGCUUGGCUAGUUGCAGGCCUUGACAUCAUGUAUGAAGGCUACACCUGGCCAUGAUGUCAUUACAGAGCCAACCAAUGGGGCACAGGGACUGGCAGUUGACUCGUUUGACCCUGGGAGGCCCCGCCCACACAAACCAGAUGCUGAUUGGGCGUAAACUGAGUCAACAAAGCAAGGCCAGUGGGAGCCCCUCCCACUUUGCCAAACCAGCUCCCGAUUGGCAGAGGGCAGUGGCACUGGGCUCGAACCCGGGGCCUGCCUGCGGGCGUCUCCUGCUGCUGCUUAAUAAGGGGGGGGUGGGGCUGUUGUAGGGCCCAGGCAAGGCCCAGGCCCGCCCCGUUGCCCCCCAGCAAUAAACCAGGCGCGGAGCCUAGGCCAUGAUGUCCGUGUUCUCUGUGGGGCGGGGGUUGCUCCCCUGGGAAUGGGCCAGAAUGAAGCUUGCCUCAGUUUCCCCA